AUGUGUAAUAUAGUGAUAAAUGAGGUGUUGGCGUACAGAAUAUACAUACAGAAUAAAAUUGACGUAAUGGACGAAGAAAGCCUCGUGAGAUUAUGCACUACGUCUUUUUCCGUUGAAGAAAUUGAAUCUGCCAAGUGCUUGCUUUUCGAAGCAGUAUCGACAACUAAGCGCAACGUCACUAGAAGAAAAGCUGGGAAGCAACAACGAGAUCUAUAUGAUGUGAUCACAUUAUUUAAAGAAACUGACCCCGAACAGGUGCCUACAUUUGUGGCGAAAGAAUUACACCGCUUGCCGCCUAUUACGUUCGACCAUGUAGACGCGAGUCGGCUGUUAAAGGACAUACUUACUAUCCAAAACGAAAUCAAAAACAUAAAACAUAAUUUCGUCACUGAAUCACAACUCGGAGAACUUAGAAAUGAAAUUAAUAAUUUAAAGAAAAUAACGAACGAAAACAUCUUUGACAAGCACGUAAACCGAAAACGGGGGGUACGUCGGAUCAUCGAUAGCUGCGGACUGGAUAGUGGGCCAAUCGGCCUACUGCAUACAGAUGUAAAUACGACACCAAUUAGCACUGCAAAUAAAGACAGCACAAACAUUAAAAACAUCUUAGAAUCAACGAGUCAUUUAUCUCCUUCUUCUCUAGAAGGUACGCAUGAUGCUAUUUCAGCUUGCGCGCAACCAAUAGCAUGCGCGUGCGACAAUGAUGAGAUAACAAGUGCAAUAAGAACAUGUGAAAAGAAGACAAAAGAUGUGCAACAUUCGAAAUCAACCAUUAGCGUGUGGCCCAAGUCAAAAACGAUGGCGGAAGUUUUAAAAAGUGAUGAAGGAGAGUGGGAAAAAAAGGAUACUAUGGACCAGGAUUGGGUGACGGUGCAGAAAAGAAGGUCGAAAAAUAAAUUUAUUGGUCGUAAAGGGAAGGCGCAAAUACAGCCUGAAUCUAAUUUUAAGGUUGCGAACAUACAUAUACCUUUAUUUAUCAACAAAGUGGAUAAGGCGACAACGGAAAAAGAUAUCAGUGACUACAUAUUGCAAAAAACAGAUAUCUCUGUGUCUGUCAAGAAAAUUAACAUGGUCCGACAAAAACGCUACGACGCAUACAAAAUUUUUGUACCACACAACAAGCUAUCAGUUUUUCUAAAUGACGAUUUAUGGCCGGAAGGAAUUCAAUUCCGACGUUUUGUAUUUCUUAACAGGACCACGUAUGAUCAAAGGCAAAAUACUAAGCCUGACGUGAACUCAAAUUCAAAGGCUUAUGAUGGACAACAUAAAGAAUAA